AAGAAGUCUUCGGGUUGGAUUCUUGUGAGGGUUUCCCUAUGGGUCGCAGUGGAGGUGGAGCUAAAUUUAACGGGACAGUUUGUUUUACUUCGUGAGACGCCAGCGAUGGAGAGAGGACAGCGGCGAGGCGCCGGGACACUCCACGCACCAUACUGACAUUAUUACUGCGAAUUUAGCUACUCCGUCAGGAUGUGUGUAUGAGGGCUGACAGACUGGGUCCAGCCAUGGAGUCAGAGCGGAACUGCAGCUCUUACUGUGACUCCAGACUCUGCCUCAUCCACCCUGGAGUCAAUACAAAGAAGGGCCUGGAGAUACUGCAGAGACUAUGUACCCUCAGCACGAUGGGAGUGGAGCUGCAGAGGCGGUCUCUCUCCCCUGUGCUCUGUGCAGUGGUCUGGACCAUGCUCUCCUGUGGCAUCUUGCUGGCAUUCUGCUUCCUGCUCUUCACCCUGCGCUUCAAGAACAACAGGAUAGUGAAGAUGUCCAGUCCUAACCUCAAUGUGCUGACUCUGUGUGGAAGUAUCCUCACCUACAGCAGUGGCUUCCUUUUUGCUUUUGAGGAACGCACCCACCUACAAGGGGGAGGAGCGAGAACAAUACUACAGGCCAGGAUCUGGACUUUGUGUAUUGGCAGCACUCUGGUCUUUGGGCCCAUCCUGGGGAAAACAUGGCGGCUCUACAGAGUAUUCACCCAACGCAUGCCUGACAAGAGAGUGAUCAUCAGAGACAUCCAGUUGAUGGGCUUGGUAUCUCUGUUGAUUCUGGUGGACCUGCUGGUUCUCACCGCCUGGAGUCUAACCGACCCGGUCAAAUGUGCACGGUCCAUUGGGGCUGUGGUCAAGGUGGUGGAGAGGGACGUGUCCUACUCUCUGUCUCAGCUGGAGUCCUGUUCCUCUCUCUACUCAGACCUGUGGGUUAUCCUCCUCGCUCUGAUGAAGGGUAGCAUGCUCCUGUAUGGGACCUACCUGGCCGGUCUGACCAGCAACGUCAGCCUGCCUCCGGUCAACCAGUCCCCCACUAUCAUGACCGCGGUCAGCCUGGUCACCCUGUCCACGGCGGUGGUGGUCCCGGUGGCGCGGUUCCUGCAGGCCUGGCCUAAUGUGGUCUAUAGUGUGGUGGCUGGAGCCAUCUUCAUCUGUACCCUUGCCACCAACUGUAUGCUGUUUUUACCUCAGUUGACCCAGUGGCGUCGGUUUGAGGAGGAGCACAACAACCCUAGUCAAAUGGCGAAGUACUUCAGCAGCCCCAGAAAGAGUGUCCACUCUGUCUACAGCCAGGAUGAGAUCUACUAUCUACUGGGAGAGAACAACUCUAUGAAGAGGCUCCUCAAUGAGAAGAAUGCUGUGAUUGACAGUCUGCAGGAGCAGGUGAACAAUGCCAAAGACAAGCUACUGCGCCUCAUGUCCAGUAGCCACCCCAACGAGGACCAGGAAAUGGACUCUUCCAUCACCAACCUCCACUCCUCAUCCACCCAGACCACAGUUGUGCAGUCCGACUGCCUUCCAACUCCCCUACCACAGAGGGACAUAGCAGAACCUCCCCUCUCCUCUCCUCCCUUUCCUCUACCUCCUCUGUUUGCUCUUCCCACUACUUCUGCUGUCUGUACACCUCCUUCUGAAUCUCCCUCUGCUCCUCUCUCUACUCCUCCCCCUCCUGCCCUCUCUCUUCCCCCAGGGGAUGGUGCGAGAGUUAAACAGUGGAGUGUAGAAUUUGGUCAAGACAUCCAGGGUGCAGGGAUGGAGAAUGAGACAGGGUGGUGUAAGGUUGAGGGGACUGGGUCCCAGCAGCAGUGUGGAGGGGAGAGAUUUAACCUCCCAGGCUCCCCUAAGCCCUCUGUUUUCUCCAGGACAGGAGUCAGGACACCUGGGAAGAGGGCAGGGACACAAACGACACCCUCCUGUCAGUCAAACUAUGUCACUUCCUCUUCCCAUCUCUUUCCGGUGGGUUUGGGCCCUGCUCUUUCGGAACCCUUGGGUUGCCAUGGCCACCCCGUGUUGCCAUGGGAGACAAGCGUCAGGCCGGCAGGGUUUGUGAGCAGUGAGCAUCUGCAGGAGAUCCUCCAGGAACUGAGUGUGGACGCUGUCAUGGAAACGGCCCUCCGCUCACCCAAUCACAGCAGGGUGAUCAGGAGACCCACUCUGCCGUCCUCGAUCGACCCCUCGGUCCUCUCUCCCCUCUCCCUCCGUACCUCUCGCACCCCUCGCUCCCCUCAUCCCCCUCUCCUCUUCCGCUAUCCCAGUAUCUCCCCCUACGUGAUGAGGAAACGCAGACCUCCAUUCCAUCAACCCAGAGGGGGGCCUCCGCCCUGUUACUACCCAGGGUCAGAGCCUCCUGUCUGGGGAAGGAGGAGGGACGCUGGACCCUCACAACCAGACAAGCACCCCUCAAAAAGACAACCCCAGCUCGAGCCUGUCGGCACAGAGACCAGUCCCCUCUGCCCUGAAGACAGUGAUGCAGAUGAACGGGAAGAGGCAGGGCAUAGAGUAACAAACAGGUGCGGGAGGCGUGGCUCAAGGUGGGAGCACCAGCUACCACCCCCUCGAAAAUGCUCCAUCACCCCCUUCUCAGGACACACCCACACAGGCCCUUCAAAUGGUGAGGGGGGCGGCAAGGGAGGGCUAGACCGAGACCGUGGCAGGGACUCGUAUGGUUACUGGGACUCAGACUCCAGCAUCUCGGCUGACUACUGCUACCACCACCGACCUUACUGCGACGCCUGCCUGCCACACGGCUCCUACCCCUCCAGCGACAGCUCCUCCUCAGACUCCUCGGACAGCGAGUACGGCGGCUUCGCCAGCCUCUGCCGCUCCACGCACCCUGUGGUCAACUUCAAGGAAGACCUCAAUCCCACCUUCAUAUGAGCCUGUCUGGAACCUAGAUUGAACGGGUGCUGCGGAAGAAUCAUUCAAGUCAAAUUGUGUUGUAAUUUACUUUCAAUGGCCAGUUCACGGCAGAACAAUUGCGUUUCCACACUGUUGUAACACCAUUGAGAAGUAGUAAAUUGAGCGUGAACUGAUGUAAAUGCUUGCCUUGUAGGCCUACCCAUCCAACAUGGCUAAUUAAAAUAAAAUACAUUUUAAUUUGUCACAUGCGCCAAAUACAGCCGG